GCGACGCAAGCCUCCAACGUAACAGUAGUACUUAAUGUCAUACAUGACCUACACUCACUUCCUACAUGUAUGUGUCAUAUGAAGUGAUUAAUAGAAACUUUCAGAAAUAGAUUGUUCAUGUUUCUUGUUGUGAUUAGUUGGUAUUCUGUACACCAUGUUCAGUAUAUCAUCCACCGUUGUGAUUACUUUCGCAUUAAUGACCGGCCUAUAUGGACAAUUCCUGAUACAUUUCCGGACCAGCAGACCAUACGUUUACCAAAAUGACGUAAUAACAUGUAUUGUUCGUUCACGUGGUCCAUUGUUCUUACUAAAGAUGGGACUCGUCUCUGCAAACAUUGUUAUUCGUCAACACUUGACCAACGGAACACAGGUGGAUCUAACUACAUGUCCAGUGGAUAGUGAAUUAGACGAUUCUACAUGUAGUGCAAUACUUGUAAACUUGGAAUGUAAAGGAACUGCGAGACUUACGUGUUCAGUUAUAGACUUUCUAAACAAUGCAACUGAAUCCAGAGGGAUGCAAAUAAGAUUUCUUGAUACAACAUCUGUGGGGUCAUUCUACACUCGCUAUAAGGGAGCUGAUAACUACAGUUCUACUCAGACAUUUCUUCCUGGAGCUUUGGUUAAAUUGAUAUGCAUUGGGAACGUUUCUAUGGUGACAGGACGAUCCUUUAAGAAAUUAACAUUAUCCCGAAGGAAUGGAAUCCUUCAUUUACAAAAUCUCCCAACGGUGAACGUAUUGAAGAACUGGGACAAUGAAUGCACCGUCCAGCAACAGGUUUCUGUUUUCCUAUACUUGAAGGAAGAGGAGCAUUCGUACUCAGAAUUCCGAUGUGGAACAGAGCGUAGAUACAUACGUUGGAGAGGGAAAACGCCUCGAAAAUAUAUCAGAUUAAAAACAGAAAAGGCAGAAAGCUAUAUCCAUGGUCCAGAGACUGUCACAACCGAUGAGUCAGAAGAUAGAGUACUCCUUUCCAUGACUUGUGAUGCAAUGACUAAUCUAGACAAUUCAACAGAUGUUGCGGAUAUACGAUGGUGCAUCAGAAAAGAAAAUGACACACGAUAUGUCAGCCUCCCUCUUCAAGAGAGACCGAAUGGUGAGGCUUUCAACACAUCAUUAGGCAGGAAGCUGACGAGUGUCGUUCUCUAUCAAUUGCUGAAAAGUGAUAGAAAUGUAGAAAUUAUCUGCGAAACAAACUAUUCCGAAACAUGUGGAUCUGGAGCUCUUCGCGGUUCUGCUGUCUUUAAUGAAGACCCGAUGGAAAAGAUGACAAACACUAGUUUUAAUUCGAUCACAUCAGCUGCUGCAGACGUUGUAUGUGAUGUUUCUUAUGUGUAUGUUGCGACUGCUAUGAUGGUUGUUGGUGUAGCCAGUCUCAUAGCGGGUGUUAUUGCCUGUUGUAAGGUAAAACAAAGAGUAAAAAGUGACAACAGUUCUUCAACGUUGGAUGUGUUGUCUGCAAAGAGACAUGACGUACAGGUGACUCCCACUGCAAUGGGAAAUUUAGAAGGACAUAGUAAACAACAGGAGCAGGUCUAUGAAAACAGAUUGGUGGAAACCAAACAAGGAUUAAAACAAGUGUAUGAACUUAAUGAAACACACAUUGAUGCAGCUGGAGAAAUGUAUGAGGCGUUGAACGCGAAUGUCCAGGAACCACAUAUCUAUGAAGGAAAAAGUGGUUCAGGCGAACUGUACGAAGUUGUUUAAAUGUUUGAAAAGAUGCGCAUUAUCGUGCUUUGGUGUGCUGACUUUUUUCCAUCUUGCCUACCAAAUGUGUAACGCUUGUAAAGGAUUCAGUAGAUAGAAAUACGAAUCAUAUUCAGAAUCAUCCAUAUAGCUGUAGGUUUUAUAAUGUAGAUUUGUUUAUCUGUUCAUCAACGACAUGUUUAUGAAACAUGAACCAUACAAAUAUUAUUUUAUGCAAUAUUUAACUAAACAAAAACCGCCAUUGCCAGGACUUUCACAUAUGUAGAUCCUUUUCAAUAUUAUCUAUCUUUUUAUUCUGAAAAUAUUGACUUUAUUUGAAUGUUCAAAGUUUUCGCGUUUUUUAAGAGUAUGCAAAUACUUCUGUCAUACUAUCAGCUGUAAUGUGCACUUGUUUUUGGUCAACUUUUAAGACUGUACUUGACACGAUGGCUACCUAAAACCUAUUGAUGUUUGAUGAUCCAAUCACACAAUUGUACCCUUUAUCAUGCGAAAAAAAUCGUUUGCGGACCAUUUCUAUCAACUCAUGCAUAUAUUGAAUUAAAGAUUCCGAAAGCUGAUUAGCAUCAAUGAGUUAAUUUUCUCUUGUAAAAUAUAUAGAGUUUAUAUCAUUUUCAUUCAUGGCAAGCGUAGAAAAAUAUUGUAAGGACCUGGCAGUUAAAUUUCAGUAUUUCAAUGUUGUGAAUCAAUUGGGAAUAAUUGUGGGUGGAUUUUAUAUAAAUAUAAUAAUGGUUGCUACAUAUUUCAGAAAUACACGUUCGUGUCUCCGUAGCAUCACAAGCAUGUUGUUCUAUAUUUGUACUUAAUCUAUUUCAUGUAGGUUAAGAUACAUACCUUUCAAUUUAGUGUACAUUACAGGUAUUUUAAGCAUAGUUUUUGUAAGCGGGAAGAUGCCCUGAUUAUUUAUUCCUGCGUGAAGUUUAUUGGGACAGCACUUUGUAUACGUAAUGUCCGCCAUCUUUCUCCCAUGUGUUUACAUGUAUGCACUGUUUUGUUUUUAAGAACGUGUUUCAUUUUACGGUUAUAUUGCUAUGUAAAUCGUUUGUAAAUAUUACAAAGCUGUUGUGUACAUUUAUUUUAUUGAUGUUUUUAGCGGUAAAUCUUACCUGAAAUUGUAAUAGAAUACAGUUGCUCAUUUGUACGGCGACAACAUCGUCUGCUCGACGAUUGACAUUUUGUUUAACGUAAUGCGAAUGUUUACAGUCAUAAAUGUUUACUUACAGUGCAUGACUACUUCCAGAAUUAUCUCCUAGUUUAAAUCCAUCACCAAUUCUGAUUUUAUAACACCUUUUCACGUUCUUUAUCAUUUUGUACGGCAGCUUUGUUUGACACUGUUUGACAAUAUUAUGUCUGUGCGGUACAGUACAGUGCCGUGAUUGGUUGGACGUCUCCGUACAGUAAUUCCAUUGGUUAAGCCCCAUCACGUGUUAUAUUUCAGAAACCUAUAUAUACAGCGCACGCGACAUAGAUUUCAGAUAAUUGCAAGUUGUAUUGGCGGCAACAUUCAAACUUCUCUCCUCGGAUACGAUCCGGAUUUCAUGAUUAGGUUAGAGGUUUGAUAAGACAUUUAUCUCCCAACACACUGGACACCUGUUUUACUUUAUAUCAACAAAUAUUCCUUUAACCAGUAAUUUCCCUUUUUGCACUUAAACCCGUACGGCAGACGUCUUAGACCAUAUGAGUAUUUCACUAUUUGUGUUAUCACCUGUCAAUUGUAUGAAAUCACAUGUAUUGAAUUAAAACAUUGAUUACCUUCA